AUGUAUGGUGGUAGGAUUCUGAUCGCAACGCUUCUAUGUACAGUAACAGUUCAAGGAGAUCCAAUGACUCAUAUUAAUAUGUCGUACAUGGUUCCUAUCAAGAACAUUGUUUUAAAUGUCAACGCCACGAGAUUAGAAGAACAUGUGCACAAAGCAAUUAACGUAAGUAAGCUUUUCAAAAGACUCUUUAAAAUUUUACAAUUUAAAAUCUUAAAAAUUCGAUUUAAAAAAUUUUUAAUUUAAAAAUUUUCCAAACUUUGUGCUAAACUUAAUAUUGUUUUAGGAAGAAAUUGCGGUUUACAAUAAGGCCUUUGAAGAAGCAUUGAGAGAACUCUAUGAUGGUGGUAUUGAUAACGAUACCGAACCUGGCAGUGAAACAAACAGCAAAAAGGACGAAACACAGACAUCCAGUAAUGCACCAGAAAGUAGACCAACUACUACUGGAGACAGUGAGUCUGAACCAACAAAUACUCCUGUCACUCAGAAUCCUGAUCAACCUGAAUCAACAAAUCCUUCUCAAAAUCCUGAUCAACCUGCACAAACUACUAAAAGUAAACCUGAAACUAUUGCUCCAGAAGGUGAAUCAACAAAUACUCCUCAAAAUCCAGAUGCUCCUGAUCAAUCUGAACCAACAAACAGUCCUCAAACUCCUCAAGAUCCUGACCAACCUGAACCAAGUGAUGCUCCUGAUCAACCUGAACAAACUACAACUGAAGCUAAACCUGAAACUAUUGCCCCAGAAGGUGGACCAACAAAUUCCCCUCAAAAUCCAGAUGCUCCUGAUCAACCUGAACCAACAAACAGUCCUCAAACUCCUCAAGACCCUGAUCAACCUGAAUCAACCGACGCGUCUCAGAAUCCUGACCAACCUGAACCAACAAAUGCUCCUCAAAAUCCUGACGCUUCUGAUCAACCUGCACCAACUACUACUGAAAGUAAACCAGAAACUAUUGAUCCAUACAAGGAACCAACUAACCCUCCCCAAAAUCCUGAAGGUAGUGAUCAAUCUGAACCAACAAAUGCUCCUCAACCUGAUGCCCCGAAUCCUCAGGACAACGAACCCACAUCAAAUCCUGAUGGCUCAGAAACUACAACAGAAUCAUAUAACCCAGAAGGCGGGAAGAAGAAGCGCAAACUCUACCUCAAAUAUCAACUUGUCCAGCCAAUUUAA